AUGGUCGGCCGCCGGGGCCCCGACCUGGGCGCGCGCAGCCCCACGCUAGGCGGGACGAGGCCCGGCGGCGGCGGCGGCAGCGGCGGCGGCGGCUCUGCUCAGCCCUCGGGCAUGGCGCGGGGCCUGUCCAGCCGUCCCGAGGGCGCCGCUGCUCCCGGCUGGCGAGCUCAGAAUCUGAAGAGAUCAGAGCAGACAGAGUCAGGAUGCGGAGGGGGCGGCCUCUCCCACCCCGGCGACGUGCUUCCCGCGAGGGGCGCUGUCCCCACCCGGGGCCCCGGGCCUCGGCCGCACGCACGCGCCGAUGUGCGCACGGGGGGCCGCGAGCCAGAGCGGGGCCUCCAGGGGGCGCCGCAGCCCCACCUGAGACCCGAGACCUCGUUCCCGCCACCGCCGGGGAGGAAAUGGAACGGAAGUGGCUUCUCCCCGCCGCGCGCGCGUCCCCGGGGACCCGGAGGCUUGUCCCCGCUGGGCCCACGCCGCCGUCCCUCCGGCUCUGGCGGUCAGCGCCGCAGGCCCGGGAUUCCGUCCCGUGGCCGUUCCCGCGGGAGCUCGGGCGUCCUCGCUCCCGGCGCCGCGCUGGGCGGGAGGCGGGCCUGCGCUCUCCGCUUUGCGCGCUCAGGGAAGGCCGGAGGAGCCGGAGCUCUGGACAGCUGCGUCUCCGCUCCUCUGACCCCACCGCCCGCUCCCCCGCCAGGCCUCACCCCUGCAGCGCCGCCCCUGCAUCCCGCCGCCCCUGCGGCCGGGGAGUCGGGGUUCACCGGGAGCCCCAGCCCGCGCGCCCUGCCCUCACUUACCCGCCGCCGGCCAGAUGCUGCGCCGCGCCGGGGCCGGCUCCGCGGAGCCCGUAGCGCCUGUUGCCAGGGUGACGGCACUGCGCAGCAACGGCCCCCGGGACCUGUGGCACUGGGCAGCCUGACGCCCCCAGGGUCCACGCCCCGUACCCGGGCCGCCCACCAGUGUGACCCCGAUCGCCUGCGACAGGCGGCCUGCGGGACCCUGUGCCUUACCCGCGGAGCUAGCCCCGACGUGGGGGCCGGGCUGCCCGCCGACUAUCCGCAGGUGGCCCCCCGGGACCUCAAGCUCUCCCGCCAGGGGCAGACGGGGCCUUUUGGAAUGAAGACAGGACCUGGCCCUGAACGGUGCCCCGGCCCCGCUCAGAAGAAACUCCGAAAUCCUGACCUGGGGCACAAAGGCCUGCAGCCCCUGCCCCUCUGCGACCCCACCUCUGAGCUCAUGUCCUACCCCCUCCCAGACGCCCCCGAUGCAGCCCCGGCAUAA